AUGCCUCCGAAGAAGAGACCUGCUGCCGCGAUCGCGGCUGAUGAUGACGAAGAAGAGCCUCGGAAGAGUCGGAAGGGGUUCAAGGAAUGGCACAAGCUGCGAGAUGCUCUGUUGCCGUUCAUAGACAAACGAUUUUUUACUUCGUACCCCACGGAUCGCUCAAUCGCGAAGAUCGACAAGAAGAAACUGUGCUCGCCGUUCUUUGUGAUCAAAGGCAUCUUGAACAACUGCAGACAGUUGAGUCCUACGUGGAACUUUCCGGAUACCGUCAUCAAGAAAGCCUUGCUAGGGGUGCUAAAGCACGAGGACAGCAUCUACUGUUGGGUUUUGGACAAAGCACAUUUGGCAGAGCAGGUUAAAGAAGCCGAUCGGGAUGCAUGGUCAACCACCAAUUCCUUACGACUCAGUGCUGCUUUCCGACACUACUCGCAAGCCACCCUUCGCCAAAGAGAAUGGGUUCCAAAGGCUGGGGCACACAAACCUCUCAGAAGAUUGGCUUCAGAUGAGCCCACGGGAAAACGUAGACUCAGACGAGUUACUGGCAAGCAGCGAGAUCAGAGCCGUGAUCCACCGAAGGCACAGCCGAAGGCACAGCCGCAGGAUGAGGUGGCCUGUGAAGACAUGGACGGGGAACACGGAGCAGAUGAUGUUAGCGGCAGUGAUGACUCCAGCUCAAGCAGCAGCAGCAGCAGUGACAGCAGCACCAGCACCAAUAAGAUGUCUAGCCCGGAAGCCAACAAUCAGCCCGACCAUGAGCCCGAGAAGGAGCCCGCAGACAACGAGCCCGCAGACAAUGAGCCCCCGCCAAAAGUACAGGAAGCAGCGGCGGCUUUCCUGGCCAACGAUUGGUUUUUGAACACGCUGGAUGGGGUGAUGGGCGGCUUUGAUCCAUCGGCUAGUGGUGCGAGCUACCUUUCGCCGACUCCUGGUCCAAGUCGACGCCGAGAGACGCAGCUGCUGGAGAGCCCAGCCGCCGAGGAGCCGCCUCGGAACAAGCGAAAAGCCGACGAAGAACCGAAGCCCGAGAACAACAAGAGAAAACCUAGUCUGAAGAAGAUGAGCGCUUUUGUGGACGAGAAGGACAAAGACGCCGAGAAAGACUCCGAAAAGCAGUCCAACGAGAAGACCCGCAAGAAGCAGUCCGACAAGAAGGCCCCCGAGAAGCAGUCCGACAAGAAGGCCCCCGAGAAGCAGUCCAACGAGAAGGCCCCCGAGAAGCAGUCCGAGAAGGCCCCCGAGAAGCAGUCCAACGAGAAGGCCCCCGAGAAGCACUCCGACAAGAAGGCCCCCAAGAAGCAGUCCGAGAAGGCCCCCGAGAAGCACUCCGACAAGAAGGCCCCCGAGAAGCACUCCGACAAGAAGGCCCCCGAGAAGCAGUCCAAGAAGGCCCCCGAGAAGCAGUCCAACGAGAAGGCCCCCGAGAAGCAGUCCGACAAGAAGGCCCCCGAGUCCAACGACAAGGCCCCCGAGAACCAAUCCAAGCAGAAGGCAGCCCCUGAGCUGAAACAGUUCAGAGCCCAAAUAAAAAUCAUUAUGAAGCUCCACAAAGCCCUUGCCAAAACACAACCCAACCUAGCCCAGGACAAGCGACAGCCUGGCGAUAUCUGGUGGGACUACGAGAUGCAACGUGCCUGCCUCGAAAGCCAGACCGGCCCGGUGUUUUCUUCGAAGCCCUUUGUGAAAGAGGAUGAGGUUUUCGUUCAAUUCCCCGAUGGUCUUAUGUGGUCGGUUCCGCACCUCGUGCCUGCAGACCUAGAGAGUGGUCUUGGUUUGCCGGCCCCGACUGUUCCCGAACAGAAGCCCAAGGCGGCCAGCAAACGCAAACCGAAGGCCGACAAACCUAUCGAGGACUAUGUGUACUCGAUAAUCCGCUGCAAGUACUGCACGCAAGGCUCCAAGAACCCCCUGAUCAAGGUCGAGGCUCGCGAGGAUCGCCACGAUGCCACGAGCAGGUGGGUUCAGAAGCUCCAGCUGGUUAUCCGGACCGGCCUCAGUGUGAGGAAAGCGAUGCACAUCGCCAUGACCUUCGCCGAUUGCUAUGUGUACAUGAACUUGAAUCCGGCGGAGAUCAACUACAGAGGCUGUCGAGAUGAUCUACUGGCUCACGACCACGAUUGGGAAGCUUCAGCUUUGGAUUGGCAAACUGUCAAUUCGCUUGGCCUGAAACACUUCCCGAAGUCGCCGAAAGAGUCGCCUAUCAAGAUCCCGAAGCCCACGCAGACCCAGAUCGUGGAUGACCAGGCCAAGAACGAGCCGCAGGGAGAUGAUGAUGAUGAUGCCGAGGGAGAUGAAGAAGAAGAUGGGGAACAUGACCCUGCAGUAGAGGAAGGUUUCUAG